CAAUUUUUUUUUUGAAAAUGGCAUCAGCAGAUAUUCCAGAUUCUAUGAUACAAGUCAAAGCAUUCCUUUUUGAUGUAUUUGGUACAAUAGUAGAUUGGAGAACGACAUUAACUCAAGAAUUAUCAUCAUUCGCAACUUUAACUUCAACUCGAAUCUCUAAUCAAACUUUAUUAAAUAAAGAUUGGCAUUCAUUUACACAAAAAUGGAGAAAUGGUUAUAAUUUAUAUAUUAAUUCAUCAAAUUCAGGAAAAGCUCAGUUCUUAACAGUUGAUUCUCUUAAUGAACAAAUUUUAGAAAAAUUAAUCACUGAAUUUGAUUUAGUUCAUUUAUGGUCUGAUGAAGAAUUGGAAAAUUUAGUUAAUCUUUGGCAUAAUUUAGAUCCUUAUAAAGAUACUGUACCUGGAAUAACUAGACUUGGUGAUAAAUAUAUCAACGCUAUUUUAAGUAAUGCUAAUGUUAAAUUAUUGGUAGAUUUAAAAAGAAAUGCUGAUUUAAAUUGUUUUGAUUAUAUGUUUUCUGCCGAAAUUUGGAAAUGUUAUUUACCUAAUCCUAAAGUAUAUUUGGAUUGUUGUAAAAUGUUAAAUUUACGCCCUGAACAAGUUGCUAUAGUAUCUCAUAUUAAAAGUGAUUUAAAGAAUGCAAAAAAAUUAGGUUUAAAAACUGUUCUCGUACAACGUGAAGAUUAUUAUGAUGAUGAGGAUAAGAAUAAAGAAACCAACGAUUAUGAAGAAGAAACCAAUGGAUUUGGUGGUCAAGCCAAUCAUGAAUUUGAUUUGACUAUUAAUGAUUUUGAAGAAUUGGCUAAAAGUAUGGCUUGUUAAUUACUAUAUGGAUCAAACUAUGGCUUGUUAUCCAAAUUAUGGCUUAUUGUCCAAAAUUUUGACUUUUGUUGUCCAGACUCCC